AUGUCCGGAAACAACUACUCUCUUCAUUCUAUUGCUGCGGCAUAUGCCGUUGGCCUUUUCCCCCAAGCCUACUACUAUGCCAAAAUGAUGGCAAACGCCAAAGAGCAUGUUACCAACGUUCUACCAAGGGAGAACCUGGCCAAUUUGAAAGGAAAGAUCCCCGUACAGGUGUGGCAGAAACUCGUCAAGGCUCAUUGUGCACACCUCAAUGCCAUGGAGGGAUUACCUAUAUUUGCUGCGGCUAUGCUCGCCGGAAAUCUUGCCAAACUCCCCUCGAACGAACUGAACACCCUCUCCUUGGAAUACGUUGGUGCGCGUCUCCUAUACACAGCAUUGUAUAUGGGGACCAAGUCGGAAGCCGUGAGCUACUUGCGUACGGGUGUAUGGGCAUGGAGUGUCUCAAUUCCCAUCUGGGGGCUGAUCAAAGCUGGUCGGAUGAUGAAUAUGGGGUAG